UAAACCUAGAUUUUAUUUUUUACUUGCUUUUAUUCAAAUAUUUAUGACACCAUAAAUGGCCACGAAUUUGGAAAUAAAACUGAAAUUAGAGAAAGGUCGUCUGAGGUGAUGGCAACGCUGCCUGGACAGACUGGAGGUAGGAAUGAUCCAGUUUGUCUGCAGUAAAGCAGAAUGAUUCCAGAGUGGGAUGAAAGCCUUGCAAAAGCAUCAAGGAACAAACUGAUGCGGCAGUGUUGGACCUGGGAAAAGCUGUGAAACUGAUGUGAGGGCUUCUUUGUUUCCCUUUUCUUUGCUUCUGUGCAGUGCUCCUUGCCCAGAGCUCAGAUGCCCAGAUCUUCAUCAGCAAGUCACUGCUGCAGCUCAUCCUGCUGUGAGUGAUGCUUAUUUUUUUUCACUGUGUUCUGCAUCACACUUCAUGGUUCAGGCUUUGACCACCCACAAACCCACUGCAAGUCAGGCAGGAACCCCUUGCCCCUUAUUUGUGAAAGAGUCCCUCUGGGCAACCCAACCUCCAGGCAUGGAGGAGCGAGGCUUCCUCCUUGAGCAUGCACUCAGUGGAAGGAGACAAGGAGGGAUUACAAUGUUUUAAUAAAAUCGGUUAAUUUUUGCCUGGCUGGGAUACAGGAUAAUUCCCUUCUUUGAAAUCGUCGGCACAUCUGAGAAGGCAGCAUCAACCCUCCCAUUCCCAUUAAGGCUAAUGGACUGAGGUCAGCCACACUGAAAUUUGCAAUGAAUUUUAUGUGCGCAUGCAGCCACUUGUUUUCCCAUUAAAAAAGAAAAAAAAAAAAGAAAAAAGAAAGAAAAAGACAAGACUGUAAUUGAAGUUGCUGUAUCAGUCGUGUCUUCUUGAUUUUACAGCUUUUACAGAGUCCUGUUGUGCACCAUUAUAUGUGAGUGCAGCAUCUUUCCCACUCUUCCUCACUAUUAAUUCUUGGAUUCUUAGUGAUUAAUAUUUGUAUUGCUUAUUUUGCAAAGUCAUCUAAGAUAUCUAAUUCAUUUGAAUUAACAAUUUUAACAAUACUAAUGGUAAUAUUUAGAAUAUGUGAUUUUAAAGCUUGUUCUGUAUUACUGUAAAGGCAUCUUUGACUCCUUAAAAAAUUUGGGCAUUAUUAUUGAUUGCAGAAUAAGAUCUAGGCUGUUAAACCCCAUAUUGAUAUACAUUUUUGUUAUUGUAUUCCCAAAGUAGUGAGAAGUCUGCAUAUGAGAUAGAAUCCAAUGCCACGUAAACGUGUGUAAAUAAAUGAACAGACUGUUCUGUCCCAAAGAUGUGAGCACCAGAAAGUCUCUAACGUGAUUUGUACAUUUGUGGUUUUUUUGAAUGCUGCAAUUGAGCAGAGCAGUUCCCUGUAUUUAAUUAUCUGUGAGUCAAAGACGCCAAGCUUUCAAAAAAGUCUUGUUCUGCUUUAUUAAUUCUGUCCAAACAAGUGCAUCCCAUUUAAAGCUUUUCAAAGUCUGCUUAUUUUCCUAUCUAUGGAGAGGGGAAAAUCACCAAGCAAUGAAGCAUUUUUUCUUUGAAUACCUGAAUUUAGGGAGGUGUCUUCCAGUUUCUCUAAUGUCAGCCAACCUAUGUGUCCUGAAGUCAUAUUUCAACUGAUUACUCAGUUAAUUAAACUGUCACAUUCUGUUAAAAUCUGUUAAAAACUCCAGAACCUGAUCUUUUCAUGCUUCCAGUUCAGAUCUCUACAGUCUGAGGCUGUGAUGAGCUGUGGAUUGGAGCUUCAGCCCUUCUGCAUUUUCCCAAAAGGGGGAGAUAAUUUCAGUCCAGCAAACAUAACUCAUGCCAAACAUACUUGUAGUUUGAGGUUUCAUCAAUUAUCUAGGAUCUCAUACAAAGAUAAUUGAAUUAUCCCAAAGCCUUUGACAGAUUUUGGAUUAGUUUUUUUGGAAAAGGAGCUGCUGCUUGAAAAUUAAUUGCAAAAUAGAAGGUCUUUCUCAUUGAGUGUGAUGAGGGAUACCUUCAAUUUACCCACCCAAAAUUCACAUUGCCAGCUGGCCAGGUUUCUGACAGCCUCGCCUUAUCGAUGGUAGCAAUCGCCACUUCACAGCUGGCAGUGCAUUCUCCUGAGACUGCGUGUCCCGGCAUGAAAGGGUCUGGGCUAAUUGAAGCAGAUACGCAUAGCCAAACAAACCUGUUUUGUAGAAAACUUGCCUCCUUCUCCCAUUGCUCAGCCAGAGGAGCUAUGCUGGUUGCGAAGUUUGGGCUUGGCGGUAGAAGACCUGUAUGUACGGUCAGAAAAAGGAUCAGACUUCCACAGGAAAUUUACCACUGAUGGCAACUCAGCCAGCAUGUGAGACCAGGAUUCUGCAAUACAUCGUGUUCUGCUUCAACCCCUGCACACAAAUUGAAACUUACAGCCUGGUCUGCAAACUCGACCCUUUAACCACACAGCGUCACGCAGAAAGGAGAAGUCUGUGUGCAGCAUACUGGAGGAUCAGACCGGUCGUAUUAGCGCUGCCUUUGUACUGCAGGUUGUUAUACACAUUUGUAGAGGUCUGGGUGCAAAGAUUUUUUGACAGAAGAUGUUAACUUAAUGUUCCCUAUGUGAUUUAGCCCGUUCUUUCAAAUUUGCUCACCUUUUGAAUAUUUUAGUUUAUCAACCUCUUAGGGUAUGUGCCAAUUAAAUAAUUCAGCUCAUUAUGCAAAAAAAAGACUUCCUCAAACCAGCCUCUGGGCACGUGUACAAAAAGGUAUCAAAGAGCAUCAGUUAGCAAAAAUAAUAUUAAAAGAGAUAAUGGAGUUGCUGUAGGGUGUUAAUCAGCUGCAACAUGGUGCCCCUGAGAUGGCUUCAUCUCAGUCCCAAAGAGAUCCCCACAUACCCUUUAUGCAGUUUACGAGUCUUAAUUAAUGAGUGUUUGUAAAGAGCUUUGGAGCACUCGGAUGAAAGAUGCUCCAGGAAUCCACACGGUGAUUAUUGACUACAUAAUUUCCUUAUGGCCCGAACACCGGCAGCAGGACAGUUACAGCGCAGCGGGACGGCGCUGCACUGAUCCAUCCUGACACGACGAUGGAACGGGAGAGGUGCAGCCGCCUCCCGCGGUCCCUGCACAACCCGUGGGGUUCGUUUCGGGCCCCUCGUGGUGCUGCCUUGCUAACAGGGCCCCAUGCAACAAGGCCACCGGGAUCCAGCCCAGUGAAAGGUAAAGAACAAGAAAAGACCACAGAUGUGAAAGCAAUUAAAACUCCGAUACCUGUACAUUCCCCUCAAAGAAGCACUAGAAAUCAUGCCUUGCUGGAGGCUGCAGGACCAAGCCAUGUGGCAAUUAAUGCCAUCUCUGCCAACAUGGACUCUUUCUCUAGCAGUCGGACAGCUGCUCUUAAGAAGCAGCCAAGUCACAUGGAAGCUGCUCAUUUUGGAGACUUAGGCAGAUCGUGUCUGAAUUAUCAGGCUCAAGAGACCAAAUCAAGCCUUUCAAAGACCCUUGAACAAGUUCUGCAGGACAAUGUAGCCCUCCCUUAUUUUAUUCAGUUUAUGGAACUGCGCAGAAUGGAACAUUUGGUUAAGUUUUGGUUAGAGGCUGAAAGCUUUCACUCCACAACAUGGUCCCGCAUAAGAGCGCACAGCCUGAACACAGUUAAGCAGAGUUCGUUGGCAGAGCCGGUGUCACCCUCGAAGCAGGAGGAAAUGGCAUCUUCUCCGCCUGGAUUGCUUGAGGAGAGACUGGAGGAUUCUAGCACCAUGCGUCUGCUCAGGACCAAAUCAGUGGCUCCAGAUAAGAACAACAGAACUAGCAACAGCCAGAACCACGUGCUCUUGGGUCAAGAGAGGGAUAAUACCAGUGUUGUUUGUCUAAGAAAAUCUGAGACAGGGAUGCAUUCUGUUGCAGCUGAUCAGCAAGAAUCUUCCAACCUUACAGUAUCAAAUAGAAACAGCCCCUCAUCUGCACUAAAGGACUUGUCAGGAAAACUAAUGAAAAGUAUAGAACGGGAUGCAGUUAGUACUUUUACCAAAUAUAUUUCUCCAGAUGCUGCUAAACCAAUACCUAUUACAGAAGCGAUGAGAAAUGACAUAGUUGCAAAGAUUUGUGGGGAAGAUGGACAAGUGGAUCCUAACUGCUUUGUUACAGCACAGUCAAUAGUGUUUAAUGCAAUGGAACAAGAGCACUUUAGUGAAUUUUUGCGAAGUCAUCAUUUCUGUAAAUAUCAGAUCGAGGUGCUGACUAGUGGGACUGUUUAUCUAGCUGACAUACUUUUCUGUGAAUCAGCCCUGUUCUAUUUCUCUGAGUACAUGGAGAAAGAAGAAGCAGUUAAUGUAUUGCAGUUCUGGUUGGCAGCAGAUAACUUCCAGUCUCAACUUGCUGCCAAAAAAGGCCAGUAUGAUGGGCAAGAAGCACAGAAUGAUGCCAUGAUUUUAUAUGACAAGUACUUCUCCCUUCAAGCCACGCAUCCUCUUGGGUUUGAUGACUCUGUGAGGUUAGAGAUUGAAUCCAACAUCUGCAGGGAAGGUGGCCCUCUCCCUAACUGUUUCACUACUCCCUUACGGCAGGCGUGGACUACCAUGGAGACGGUUUUUUUGCCUGGUUUCUUGUCCAGCAACCUUUAUUACAAAUACUUGAAUGAUCUCAUCCAUUCUGUACGAGGAGAUGAAUUUCCAGGAGGGAAUAUUGCACUGAACAUUCAAGGGCCCGGCAGUUCUCCUGAUAGUGAUUCCAUAGGGGGCCCAGAUGGCUCUGCCUCCCAGUCCAAUGUCAAAAAGGCUAAUGUUAAAAUCCUGAAAAAUUUUGAUGAAGCAAUAAUUGUAGAUGCUGCAAGUCUGGAUCCAGAAUCUUUGUAUCAACGAACAUAUGCAGGGAAGAUGACAUUCGGACGAGUUAGUGACCUGGGACAGUUCAUCAGAGAAUCUGAACCGGAGCCUGAUGUCAAAAAAUCAAAAGGGUCCAUGUUUUCACAAGCAAUGAAGAAAUGGGUUCAGGGAAACACAGAUGAGGCUCAAGAAGAGAUGGCUUGGAGGAUAGCAAAGAUGAUAGUCAAUGAUGUUAUGCAGCAGGCACAAUGUGAACAGCGUUCAGAGAAGAUUACAAAGCUAUGAUUUUAGAAAUGCCAGAACAGGAAAUCUGGCUUUCUGCUUUGAGAAUGAGUGAACUUUCCCUUUGGGUGGAUUCUUUAACACAGCCAAUAAAAACAAAGCACUGUUACUCCAACCGCUGAUAUCUUCCUCGUUGAUAAGGAAGAAUUAAAAAGAAGCAAUCCUGUACCUCCACUGCAGAGCGUGAAGAAACACUUUUUCCUGUUGUAUGUGGCAUUCACAAUGACGGUUUUUAGAGAGGAAGACACCAUUUAUGAACGCGUCACUGAGUAACUGUGAUCAACUUCACAAAUACUUGACCCUGUCUCAAAAAGACUUUUAAGCAAAAUAUCUGGAAUGGGACACAAGCCACAAGGAGGGGAAGGUUUUGCUGUGGUUUCUAGUUCUACCUGUAAUUUUUAAUUGUAUAACUGCAAAUGUCAUGGGAUGUGUCCCUGACAUUGGCCAUUGGAGAAGUGAACCUGAAAUGGUGAAUUUAUUGGCAGUGAAUGACCUAAAAAGUUUUAAGUUUUAUUUUUCCUUACUUGAAAUAGAUGAGCAUUCAACUGUAAGAUAAAUGUAUUUUACUUCAUAACUCCAUUAACCUUGAAGGCAGUGUAGAAUGAUCGGGAGCGAAGCCUGGACAGCGUAACUUUUCCUUGUCAAGCUCUUACACCUGCAUUCACUCAUCCCCUGCUUCAGACACACGGCCGACUCGAGCAGACUUGAAAGCCAGUCUUGUGCUUGUGUAGCCCUCUGUUCCUGAGUGUUGGCUCUGAAUGCAGCCCAUGCUUUGAGGAGAUCAUAGCCAGUAGCCUGCUCCAUCUUUUUUCUUUCUGUCCCAUAAGCAAGGAAAAAAGUGAUUACUGCCAUGUGUUGCUGCCAUUCUCCAUAGCUUGUUGUCCUCAAACCAGCAUAGUAUCUAAUUCCAGAGGUUUGGUUUACAAAGAAAAAUAAUUUUUAAUGACCUUCGGCCGCCUUUUUCCUGACGUUGUCAACACUUGCAACUUGCAAAACCCUUAGUUUAAGUAAAAAGCCACGGUGUGACACAGCACCUCUAUUUUUCCAAGUGAAUUGAUUUUGCAGAGUAUCAGAAACACUCGGUGUGCCACUGUUAUGUUAUCGCUGCAUUUUUAGUAUACAACACUUCUAUUUUGGUUUUUAUUUAACUCUUAUGAUUGCUUUUUUUCCUUGAACUUGUGCAAAAAAUCACUUUGCAAAGAAAUCAUCUCCAAUGUUCAGAGUAUCUUGAUUGACUAGCAAGUGUUAUACUGUUGCAAUAUUUGAUUGUAUAGAGACACUGUAUUGUCUAUAAAAAAAAAAAGCAAAAAAGGCUGUGUAUAGGUUUUUGGUACUAUGUACCAUCUCUUAUUUCUCUCAUGCCCAAGUAUUCAUGUACUUAAAGCAUACUAUAUUUAAUUGUGUUUUGAUUUAAAAUAUAUAAAUAUUAAAACUUG